AUGAAACCGCGUAGCAUUCGUUGUAUGAAAUUCUUUCUGACCCUGUUUAAUAUCAUUUUUAUUUUCUUCGGUCUUGUGCUGAUGGCGAUAUGCGUCAUCAACAUGCGAGAGAAAAAGUCUCGUCCAGAGAAUCAGUCGGCGCUCUCUCGUGCUGUUUUGUCAUUCCUUCUCACUCUGGGUGUCGGUCUACUGGUCACAGCUGUUCUUGGAUGUAUUGGUGCUUUGAGAGAGAACGUGAAGAUUCUUUAUGUGCACGCCUGCUUUUUGAUAUUCCUCUUAUCAGUGGAAGUAUUGGUGGGUGUCGGAGGCGCCGUCUUGAGCGCCUGGAUGGGAGGUGGAAACGAGUUAAGAGUACAGUUCUAUAGGAACUCUACUGCUGAUGACCAGGGAGGCGAUCAGCAAGCCUUUUGGGAUCAUUUACAGUCUGAGAACCAAUGCUGUGGCAUCGAUGGACCCCAAGACUAUGCUAUUAUACAUCUUGAAAUACCGGAUUCUUGCUGUUCCCGAGCCCAUCCGCUUCGACAGGGUGGAGCAAGACGCCAACUGCAUUCGACUUGCCUUGCUGAUCGGUCGUACUACAAGACGGGGUGUGAGCAAGUGUUGAGAGAAAAGAAGACUAUUAAGGGAAAUAUUUUUAUUAGCACUGGUAUAAUAUUCACUUUGUUUGAGAUCGUUUGUAUAAUACUGGCAAUUUUCAUGGCGAGAGGAGUAGCAAGCGAGCGUCGAAAGCUUCAACAAACACUGCAGGCUCAUUUCGAAACUUAA